AUGCUGCUGACAGCAAAGCAGAAGCAGCAGCAGCAGCAGCAGCAGCAGCAACAGCAGCAACAGCAGCAGCAGCAGCAGCAGCAGCAACAGCAACAACAACAUCAUCAUCUCCUCCUGUCUCCUCUUGUUCUGUCUCCCCUCGCGGCUAUGCAGAUGCAGCAGCAGCAGCAACAGCAGCAGCAGCAGCAGCAGCAGCAGGAGCAGCAUCAUCUACUACAUCUCUCUCUCCCUCUCCUUCUCCGUUUCCUUCUCCUUCUGCUGCCUCUCCCUCCCCACCCCCCACAGCAGCAGCAGCAGCAGCAGCACCAGCAGCAGCAGCAGCAGCAGCAGCAGCAGCAGCAGCAAGCUGUACUGGUGUCUCAAGCGCACUGCAGCGUUUGUCUUUUAUUAAUCUAUCUUCUCUAG